AUGUGCCCAAACGUUUUGCCGGAAAUCCGCAAAUUCGCAGAUAUUGAAAGCGAUAUCAAUGCAAUUAGGAUAUUCUUAAACCCAACAUCGGAUGAAAUCGUUGAAAGUUUAGAUCAUGAUCUGAUUGAUUCACGAACACCGUUAUCUGAGGUAAAUAAUAGAGAUAUUGGAAUUUUCGAUAAUUUUUUCUACUCUUUGCAUAAUCAACAAUAUGAGCAAAGAGAUGAUAUUAAUCCAUAUGACGAAAAUCUAAAAUUAGAUGAAAUUUCGCCUAAAAUUGAUCCACCAAAUAGUAAUUAUCAAGGAAUUAGUCCAUUUCCUAGUAUGCCAUCGCCAGAUCAAGUCGAAAAUCCUAUAUUUAUGUAUCAACUUGAAAAUGGAGAGUAUGUAGCCCUUAGGCAUCCUCUCCCACCAGAAAUUAACGUUGAUAUAGCUGUAAUGCAGUAUAGAGAGAAUAGAAGAAUGAGAAAUAAUCAUCGGGGAUUUUUGAGAAGAAUGAUGACUCCUCGUUUUAGAAUACAACAUCACGAUGACUCAAAAAUGUGGCCUCAUGAUCUUGGUUAUUAUGCUCUUGUAACAAUUAUCCCAAUUUUAGGAAUUCCCUUAUAUUUUUUGUUGAAAAAAAGCCGACCAAAGCUUGCUGGAAGAAUUUUAAAUUAUAUGAUGGCAGUUUUUGUUAUUGUAGGAUCCAUAUUAUUGUUAAUCUUGUAA